AUGGUCGACGAACUUUCGCUAAGGGCUUCAACUCCAGAGGACUGGUCGGAGCUGGAACUCGAAUUCGAAGAUGCAAAUGACUACUUCGAAAAUGAUGCAGGAGAUAUGGAACAGAAGCAAGAAGUAGUACCACAAAAGGAAAACUUACCCAAACCUACGUUCGAGCAGUGCACCUUGGAUUAUGGUCGAGAGCUAGAGCGGCAGAUCGACAAGAUCCAGCAGGAGCCUCGUCCACCGUUCGAGACGGUAAAACAUCUCCAGGAAAGACUCGAACGUGAAAAUGAACUGUACAGAAAGCAAUUCGCUUGGCAAAUGGAAAAUAUGAUUCGCUUUACCACCAAUGCUCAGUGA